UGUAAGACGACGAGUACCUAAAUAAGUAUUUAGACAAUUAGUUGCUUGUGAUGCAGUUUAGUGGUAAUGCUGAUAGUGAAAACGUACUUCUUCGUUGCAUCUAAUGCACAGGUGAUAUUACUUACCUAUUAUUGGUUUUUGCAUGUAAGUUUGGGAAGGUCUUGCCUUCUGCUGCAAUUGCAUUGAUGAAUUAAAUUUCACAAUAAGAAACGAAUUUCCAGUCCAUAAAGUACCAAAAAUAAAAUGUUACUGUUCUGGUUAUUCGUAAUUAUUCCAAUAUUCUAUGGCGCAUCAAGUGCUCAACCCGAGCGAGGGCUAGCUGGUUCAAAAGGUGAACCUGGACUUCCUGGAGAAAGAGGAGGACCGGGACCACGAGGAUUUACUGGACAUUCUGGACCACCUGGACCUAGUGGAGAAAAAGGAGAACCUGGACUCGUUGGACCACCUGGAAUUGAUGGAAUACCUGGAUUUCCGGGUGCUAAAGGAAACACAGGAUAUCCUGGAUCACCCGGACCAAUUGACCAGAAAGGAGAACAGGGACCUGUUGGGGCUGUUGGGCCUAUUGGACCACCCGGACUUGAUGGAACACAUGGGUUUCCGGGUCAGAAAGGAAACCCAGGAUAUCCUGGACCACCUGGACCUAUUGGACCAUCAGGAGAACCUGGGUUGCCCGGACCAGGUGGAUAUCCUGGAGAACCUGGAAUCGUCGGACCACCCGGAAGAAUUGGACUAACUGGAUAUCCGGGUGCUAAAGGAGAUCAAGGAGUUCCUGGACUCCCAGGAAUCGGAUUAGUUGGUGUCCCGGGUGAUCCGGGGUUCCAAGGACCAAAAGGUGAACCUGGAUUACCAGGGACCUGUGAUUGUAAGCCACAACAGAAUGAUUCACCAAUGCCGCAAGUGAUAUCUCGAGAAGAAAUUGGACGUAAAAAAAAUCCUGCCCUAACGUGUCGAGAAAUCGCUAUCAAUGAUCCAACUUCCCCAAAUGGAGAUUAUUGGAUUAAUCCAAGCGAAGGUGACAUAAAGAAUGCUAUUUUAGUCCAUUGUGAUAUUCAAAAACGCACGACUUGCAUUUACCCACGAAAGAAUCUUUCUGAAAUUUUUGAUAUUUCUUCUGCCACCUCAGAAGUAUGGUUAGGAAGUAACAAUUCUGAGUUUAAGAUAACAUACAAAAUAAAUCAUCUUCAGCUCCUUUUUUUGCAAAAACUUUCCAUUUCAUCUACACAGAAUAUCACGUAUCAUUGCAAAAAUGCUAUCGCUCAUUAUGAUAAUUCCAGCAAGAGCUAUGAAAAAAGUGUGAAAUUACUGGGAUGGAAUGAUGCAGAAAUAUCUCCACAAAGUCAUCCAAAAUUACAGUUUAUAUCUGACCAAGAUGAAUGCCAAUACAAACGCAAAGAAUGGUCAUCUACAAUCCUUCGUUAUACAACUGAUAACCCAUCUCGACUUCCUAUCACUGAUAUUGCAGUUCGAGAUGUUGGUCAACCUGAACAGAGCAUUUUUGUUGAAAUGGGACCUGUGUGUUUCAUUUAAAUUGGAUACGAGUAUAUUCUGCUUCACUACUAACCUUUUAUUUCUGCAUUUAAAAUUAUUUUUCGAAAAUAGAAUAAUAAAAUUGAUAAGUAUAAAAAUAACGAAAAAGAACAUUUGUUUAUAUUGUUGGCUACAUUAUUUGACAAAAAUAUACAGGUAUUUAUACGAAGUAGGUAGUAUUUUAUACUAUAACACAGAAUAUGCAUAUAAAAAUUAUAUUACAAGUAUUUUCAGUUAAACUGGUAGCACCCUACAAAUGUUGUAAAUGCUCGAGUUAAUACUGCUUAAUAAAUUAUUCACAUACGUAACAA